ACUAGUGACUUUUGAAGGACAAACCGUGCAAAACAAUAUUGGCGAAGUAUAGACGAACCCAACCCGCGCUGUCCCCCAUCUCCGAUCAGCAAAUCUGGAGUCAAAAAUGUCACAGGGAGACACAAUACCUCUAAACUCAACCUCCCAAUCAGACAUUGAUGAAAUCGAAAACCUCAUUUAUUCCCCCGACCCUGUCCUUCCAGCACGCCCUCCUUCUCCUCCUCGUAUCCCUGUUUCCUCAUCUCCUUUCAUGCCCUCCAAUCUCCCUCCCCCCUCAACCACCAAUCACAAACCGACACCUGUCGUCCCUUCCGUUCCAGCACCCCCGCCGCUACCUUCAUCAGGGGGACAGCCUAAUAUAGCUGCCACUGGGUUCGGAUCUCCACCGAAUACACUUACGGAACCUGUUUGGGAUACGGUGAAAAGAGAUCUGUCUAGAAUUGUGAGUAAUUUGAAGCUGGUGGUGUUUCCUAAUCCUUAUAGAGAAGAUCCUGGCAAAGCGCUUAGGGAUUGGGAUCUUUGGGGUCCUUUCUUCUUCAUUGUUUUCCUUGGUCUCACUUUGUCAUGGUCUGCCUCUGUUAAGAAGGAAAAACAUUCUCUAUUUUAUGACCCAUCAUUUUUGUAA